UUUUGCUGAUAGAUAUAUUUGCCCGAUUUAAUUUUACGGCAGACUUUUGUAUUCAUUUGGUGGCAGAUUUUUUAAAUUGUAGUCUUUGACGGCAGACUUUUAAAUAAAUUUUAAUUACUAGAGUGGGACACAAUUCGAAUUUCUGGUUAAAUUCAUCUAAAUUUCGGUUUAAUUUAAAUUGGAUCUCGGUUGGGAUUGAUUAAAUUUGUUUUUAAUUAAUUUUGAAAUUUGGUUUAGAGUUAUUUUCGGUUUAAAUUAAUUUAAACCAAUUUGAAACAUUGGUUUAAUCUAAAAGAUAUGUCCACGUUAACUCCAAUUAGGUUUUACGUUCUUUAACGUCUUCUUCUUCCUGUGACCUUCCACUCAGAAACACGUGAUCCACUUUCAUGGUGACUUACAACUGCAUCUUUUAAUUCAGAUCGAGGAGAGAGUAAUGGAACACAUAGUUCUCGUCUGUGGGAAGUGGAAAGUUGAGAAAACUAGGUGGUUAUUUGAAGUAGACAACGAGCGAGGGAGCAUAUUGGUUGCUGCGAAUGAAAACACUCGAUUUGAGGAUUUUGUUGAAAUUAUAUUUGAGGAUUACGAAGUUGAUUUUGCAGAUUACGAUUUGGAACUGAGGUACGUUUUGCCGAAGCGGAAUCUACAAAAACAAAGCAUCGAUACACCACCUGUGAAAAUAGGAAACGAUAGGCAGUUUCAUGCAUUCUUGGGUCUCUACAAAGACGAGAACGUUCGAAUAUGUGUGGAGUUUAAAGCGAAAAAAAUUGCUGGGGAAAGAGCUGCGGAAGAUCAGAAACAACCCAAAGAAAGAGAUGAACUAUUGUGUGAAGACGAAGAAGAUACAGACGAAGAGGGUGAUCGAUUCGAUUACUGUGAUGAUUCUGAUGGAGAAACAUCCGAUGAUGAAAACUUUACCACAUACGGGAUUCCACCAGACCAUGUAGAAGAGGUCCAAGGAUCUUGUACAAAUAUGCUUUAUGCGCAAGUCCUUAAAACACAAGAAAGAGAGUCUCCAAUGAGUUUAUUAGAUUUGCGCUCAUUCAAAUUUGCAGUGGGGCAGAGUUACGAUUCAAAAGAUGCAUUGGAGACACGUCUGAAGAUAUAUUCAGUUGUCCAACGUUUCGAUUUUGAUGUGGAUAAAUCUACAAAGAAAUUGUUUCGUGUAAAAUGUUGGCUAGAAGGUUGUACGUGGAAUCUUAGAGCUUCACCAGUAGGUGAGUCUUCAAAGUUUACUAUCCGAGUAUAUGUAGAUGAACAUACCUGCUCUGUUACAGAACGUCCAUCUCGCUCCAGACAAGCUACUCCUGAUAUUCUUGGACUCUUGUACAAAGACUAUGUUGGUGGGGUUGAACCAUCUGUUUUGCCAAGUCAUGUCUCUACUGCUAUGAAUAUGAGCUUCAGAAUCAAGAUGGAUUACUGGAAAGCUCGUCGUACACUUCAAGCUGCUAGAGAUCUCGUAAUGGGUACUUCAGAGAGUGGAUAUCAGGAAUUACCUACUUACCUGCACAAGAUCGGAAUGUCAAAUCCAGGAACUUUAACUCGAUUGGAAGUUGAUACAAACAACAGAUUUAAGUACUUAUUCCUUGCAUUCGGUGCUAGCAUUACUGGCUUUCCAUUUAUGAGGAAGGUUGUGGUGGUUGAUGGAACGUUUCUGCAAGGAAAAUACAAAGGAACGCUUCUGAUUGCAACAUCACAGGAUGGUAAUUUUCAAAUCUUUCCAAUUGCGUUUGCUGUCGUUGACACAGAAAAUGAUGAAUCAUGGACAUGGUUUUUCCGCCAACUCAGCCGUGUGAUACCAGAUGAUGAAGGAUUAGCGUUAAUCUCAGACAGGCACAAGUCAAUAGAGAAAGCUAUUGCAGUGGUCUAUCCAUUGGCAAGCAGGGGAAUUUGCACGUACCACUUAUAUAAAAACAUCUUGUUACGAUACAGAGGGCGUGAUUUAUUUGGAUUUGUGAAAAAAGCCGCCAACUCUUUUAGGUUAACUGACUUUCAAGCAACCUUCGAGAGAAUCAAAGAGAUAAAUCCAGAUUUGCAUGCUUACUUGGAACGUGCUGAUGUACGUAAGUGGGCACGAGCUCAUUUUAGAGGUGAUAGAUAUAACCUCCUUACAAGUAACAUAGCUGAAUCAAUAAACAGAGCUUUGUCGGGUGCUAGAAGCUUGCCUAUUGUUCACCUUUUAGAGUCAAUCCGAUUAAUGAUGACACGCUGGUUUGCAACAAGAAAACAUGACGCUGAGUUGAUGAAAACCUCUCUUACUCGUGGUGUAGAGAAGAUGUUGGAGGGCAGGAUACCUAUUGCUGAUUUACUAAAGGUUCAAGCAAUAGACAGUGAUCAGUCACAAGUGAAAGGAGUCUCGUCUUUACAUGUUGUAAAUUUGACCGAGAAGACAUGUUCUUGUCGUAGAUUUGAUUUGGAGAAGCUGCCAUGUGCUCAUGCUAUAGCUGCUGCGGAAGCUAGAAAGAUAUCAUGUAUAUCACUAUGUCACCGUUACUAUCGGAAGCAGUACCUUUACAACGCAUAUUUCAGUGCUGUUAUGCCCAAAGAUGAUGCUGUUCCAGUUCCAGAAGAAGUUGCAAAGAAAAUCUGUUUACCACCUGCUGUCCGUCAACCACCAGGAAGACCGAAAAAAUCAAGAUAUAAAUCUAUUUUGGAGAAAGUUGCAGAUAAGAAGCGGCCAAGGAAAGAACACACAUGUAGAACUUGUUACCAGACGGGACAUAAUUCUAAAACAUGUCCUCUUAAGUGA